UGUACGUUCUGUAAAUUACACGUGACCUAUUGUUUGGCAGAGCGAAUAGAAUGUUUGACGUCACAAUAGAACAGAGCGAAUGGAAUGUUUGACGUCACAAACAGAACAUAUAAAAGGACGCGCUCUGGAAAAAUUCUCUUUAGAGCAGCGAUUCUCUGAGCGAAAGCAAAGCUAAUCCUGACAGCUACAGACUUUCAGUCCGUAAAACACUUGCAUACCAAACGUUUAAACGCGACAAGUCAAUAACACUGUUACAGACUGUCGUGAAAUAGACUGAGGUAAAAAUGCCUAAAUCAAAUGAUCAGCUCAAGAGCGGCUUUUCCCUUCCGGGAGCCGUAAUGGAAGAUGAGUGGAUGCCACCAGCUGUUAGACAGAAUACAAUUCUGUCUGCAUCAGCUCGUGGGCUUGUGACCAGCAGCGGUCUAGGUGGUGCUCAACGGAGGUUGAACAUCUCUAGACCUGCAGCUGGUCACAUGAGGUUCACUCUUCCAGGAGCUGUGGAGGAUGAUGAGUGUAGCCCGACAGCUGUUAGACAGAAUACCAUCCUGUCUGCGUCAGCUUGUGGGCUUGUGACUGGCAGAAGUGUAGGUGAUGCUCAACGGAGGUUGAACAUCUCUACACCUGCAGCCAGUCACGUGAGAUGUGCCCUUCCUGGGGCUGUAGAUGAUGAGGAGUGCAGCCGAGCAGCCGUUAGACAGAAUACCAUUCUGUCUACGUCAGCUUGUGGGCUCGUGACGCGCAGCAGUGCACGAGAUGUUCGGCAGAGGUCAAACAUCUCUACACCUGCAGCUAGUCAAGAGAGCAUCACCCCUCCAAGGGCUGCAGAAAAGGAGGAGAGGAGAAAGAAAAAAGCAGAUAAAAAACCAAAACAACAAAAGGAAAAGAGCGUCCGUGCUUUUUUUCGUAGAACAUUCCAGGCUAUACAGGAUGCUUUCUGUAUGUGCCAAAAUGAGGAUGACCUGGAGUCAUCUGAUCCAUAUAAUCCUCAGCCAGGUCCAUCCGACCUGCCGUCUAGUACCCGUGCAGAUCACACUGAUCUGCAGAAAAGUCCAUCUGGACUCAAGCAUACAGGUUUUCAAGAACCAGCCUAUUGCCUGGCUGGUUCAUAUACCUUGGAAAAAACAGAAAUCCAAGAAGAGACUGAUCCUAACCAAGGUCCAUUCGACCCGGCGGAGCUUCGUGCUCAACCUGAUCAGACUUUUUGUAAGUCGGGCCCUUUCGGCCUGCACGGAGCCCGUAAGCAAAAUAGUCCCUUCGGACUUGAGCAAGCGAGCCAUGAAGAACCAGACUAUUGCCUGUCUGGUUCAUAUACCUUGAAGAAAACCAAACUUCAAGAAGAGACUGAUCCUAACCAAGGUCCAUUCGACCCGGCGGAGCUUCGUGCUCAACCUGAUCAGACUUUUUGUAAGUCAGGCCCUUUCGGCCUGCACGGAGCCCGUAAGCAAAAUAGUCCCUUCGGACUUGAGCAAGCCGGCCAUGAAGAACCAGUCUAUUGCCAGGCUGGUUCAUUUACCUUGGAGAAAACAGAAAUCCAAGAAGAGACUGAUCUUGAACACGGUCCAUUCGACCCGGAGCUGCAGGCUCAACCAGAUCAGACUUUUUGUAAGCCAGGCCCUUCCGGUCUGCAAAGUGCCCAUGCGCAGAAUAGUCCCCUUGGACUCGAGCCAGCGGGCUGUCAUAAACCAGGCUGUUGCCCACCUGGUUCAUCUAAAUUGAAGCAAAAAGCUCAAGAUCAAGAUCCAGCUGACUCUCAGCCAGGUCCAUCUGGCCUGCAGUCAAGUGGCCCAGAAGAUUCCCAACCUGCUAGGGCAUUUGACAUGCUUUAUACAGUAAAACAGCAUAUAGGACAAGGUGGCUUUGGUACAGUUUAUGAGGCGACUCGAAAAUCCGAUGGCAGAAAGGUCGCCAUAAAAUUUAUUAAGAAGUCAGGGCUUGACAUUUUCGUUGAAAUACCUGGACAUGCCAAGCCUCUUUACUCAGAAGUAGUUAUUAAUCUGAUGCUGCUUAAACCAAAGAAAAGCCCCUUCAUUGUGGAAAUGUUGGACUGGUUUGAAGAGGAACAUCAACACAUCAUCGUUUUUGAGUUUCCUCAUCCCUGCAUGGAUCUCCUUGAGUUUGUCCAGAGUAGUGGAGGUUGUCUGACAGAAGUCAUGGCACGUCAUUUAAUGCGUCAAGCAGUGCUUGCAUUAAUGCACUGUGUUGACAGUGGCGUCUAUCACGGAGAUUUAAAGCUUGACAACAUCCUUGUCAACACAGACUCGAUGGAUGUGAAAUUAAUAGACUUUGGAGUCAGCGAACCUGUGAUAAGUUUUGGGUCAAGUUAUCGCAGUGGGCGACGCUUUGUUACUGCAGAGAUGGUCGCUGAGUUGGGUUUUUUAUUGAACCAAAUGUUGCAUGGACCACGUCUGCUUGGAGGCAAAACCACUGCUAGCAAUGCUGUGAUAUCCAAAGAGUGCCAAGACUUAAUGGAUCGCUGCCUGGAUCGUGAUCGAAACAGAAGGCCAACAUUCGUAGAACUCUUACAACAUGAAUGGUUUAAAAAGUUAUGAAGCAGAUCCACAAAUUGACUCCAGUGAUUGAGAGCAGAGGCAGAAGUCAUUCAUCAAAGUGUAGAAGUCAAAGAAGCAAAUGAAAAUACAGCACAGAGAAAAAAUACAACAGAAUUAAUAAAUUUAUUUAUUGUCAAAGCA